AUGGAUACAACGAUGGACAACAGUUUUCAACUGAGAUAUCCGAGUAGUCCGCAAUUAUGGAACUUCAUCCUGGAGCGCGCACACUCCGCACCCGACGACACAAUCGACAUGGAGAGCGAGGAAUUCUGGAGGGGAUUCAUCGCGGCGACCGGGACUGAGAAGAGCAUCAGAAAUCUGCGAAGACAGUGAUAAUCAAUUCGAAUUAAAACAGCGAAACACUAGUUUCUUUGCAGUUUCCGCAAUGAUCUCUCGCCAAACCUCGAGGAGAUGGAUUUCGAUAGAGAGACCAAGAAGUUGUUGUCCAAGUGCCUCAAAAUUCGUGUGAAUGACGAGAACCAACGCGAGGAACUACUCAUUUGCUCGUCGUCGGGUGACGACGACGAUUUCAGCAUUAGAAGGUCACGAUGCGCUGCGAGAAAACGAGUGCUCGGUCCGGAUAGUUCGGACGAAGAGCGCGAGAACGCGAAAAGAGCAAUGAUUGAGGAGGAGCCGAAGCACGACAGCGAAGACGAUGUUAUUGUGCUGUCGUCGGAUGGCGAAGAAGCGCCAGAAGUUGAAGAGUAUCGGGAAAAAGAAGAAGAACAAGAAAAUGAACAAGACGUUGUGGAGGAGAUCAUUGAAAAUGCGGAUGAAGAAGUUCUAGAGAAAGAAGUGCAAAUUGUGGCGCCGCCCGAGUUGCCGGAACAUAACGAGCAGGAGGAGAGAGAGGACGUCGAUCCGGUCUGGGUGUCGGGAAAUGCGACGGCCGAAUCGGUGAGGUUGGUGAAACCGGAACCGCCGGAGGUGUUCUGGCCAAAGUACUUCCAACAAAUAGGACCACCGCAGGAGCUUCAGCAGCAGCCGCAGCAGUCAGAAGAGGUGGAGAUGGUCCCCAGAGUGCUCAUAAAACGGGAACCGGUGAUGGAACCGGCGAGGAUCGUCAACGAGUCGGUGGCCGAUUCGACGCGCGGAUGGAGCAUGGAUGAGUUCUUCACUUCACUCAAAAAUGUAAUCAUCGAGUCGAUGAGCGAGCUGGUGUACAGCAUCAGAGACGGCGAUCCGACGAGCGCACGGUGAGACAAUCGAAAUUUUAGAAAUUCUGCUCCGAAGCUCACAGAAGAAUGGUUUCCGAACGACACUGGCAGCUGAUAGUGAGCGAAAACUCCAGUUUCUGGAAAUCUAUUGAACAUUUUCAGACGUUUGAGCGCUCAAAAUAUGCGCACAUUCAGUAGUUUUCGAGAAUUUUAAGUUUUCGCUCAGCAAACCAUUCUUCUGCGAGACACAGAAUAAAUCUUACAAAGAUAGAAUUUCUCUGCUUAGUUGAAAAGAGGGGUCAAGACGCAAUAGUUUCAGUCAUCCGGGAAGCAGAUAUUCAUCUGCGAUCGCAUCGAAUCAACCGGGACCCAGUUCCCGUCCGGACAAGAACGAUUCGUCGCCAAACGAGAGAAUCAAAGUAAAGAAGUUUGUGGCCGAGCUGAAAAGAGUGCUCGGAGGCAUCGACUGCCCGGGUCUCGACCCGCUCCGUCACAAGAUGGAUGUCGUCAUUCAGAAUGCCCAGAAUAAAGUAAUUUGAGGGAUGUUUCGUGUGGAAAUGUCUAUUUAUUGCAGGAAGUAUCGCUCGAACGUCUCCGCCGCGCCUUCGAGACCGCCGUCGCAAUCCUAUCCGGAUGA